UUGACUGUACUUCACGUGCAUCUAUUUAUGUAUAUUUGUAAACUUUGUUAAAUUUAUGCUAAAAGAGUUUAUUAUUUUCAUAAUAAAAACUCAUUAAUCAUCCAUAAUAGUUAUGAAUAAUUACGAAACAAGGAGAUAGCAACAUAGUUUCUGGGUUCAAUGGAUAAUGCAGAUCGUUGGUAUUUUACUAAGGAUCAGUUGGCGAAUACGCCAAGUCGUAAAUGUGGUAUAUCUGAAACCAGAGAAUUAUCAUUCCGACAACAAGCAGCAAAUUUUAUCCAGGAUAUGGGACAACGUCUACAAGUGAACCAAUUGUGCAUCAAUACUGCCAUUGUUUAUAUGCAUAGAUUUUAUGUAUUUCACUCUUUCACUGAGAUCCAUAGGAAUAAAUUGUCCCUGUCUGCACUAUUUCUUGCAGCUAAAGUAGAAGAACAACCUAGGAAACUUGAACAUCUAAUUAAAGUUGCUCAUCAUUGUUUACAUAAAGAUCAGUCACUUGAUGUUCGUUCUGAUGUUUAAAAUGCGCAGUUUUCUACGUCUGUCUAAUUAAUUUUCCGGAUUUUCGCUGGCUAAAUUUCUCUAUUAUUUAUCGUUAUCGCAGGAUGACCAAUCUUAAGUUAAUAAGAUAUUCUGGCUUACCAAGAAAAAAUGUUUGAAGUCGUAGCUCAUGAAAAUAUUUUACUUCAAACAUUAGGAUUUGUUCUUGCUAUUGAGCAUCCUCAUACUUAUGUUGUUAAAGUCUGUCAAUUGGUGAAGGCCAGUAAAGAUCUUGCCCAAACUUCUUACAUAAUGGCUACUACCAGCUUACACAUGACAACAAUGUGCCUCAUGUAUAAGCCCACAUUGGUUGCCUGUGUGUGUGUUCAUCUUGCUUGCAAGUGGUCACGUUGGAAGAUUGAGCCGUGCUCAGAAGGGAGAGACUGGUUUUAUUAUAUUGAUCGAAGUGUAACAACUGAAAAACUGGAAGAGCUUACAGAAAAAUUCCUCGAAAUAAUGGAAGCAAGUCCACACAGGUUUAAGAAAAAGUUUGGACAAAAGGAUAUGAAUUACCAAAAUCCUCGAAGUAUGAUUGAUGAACCCUCAACGAGCAAGACAGAAGGUGCUAAGCAAGAUAUCUCAUUACCCGGAUCAUCAUCUUCUGCCACCUUUAGUUUUUCAGACUUUGAGGAGAGAGCAAGAGAGAAAAGUCCUGUUAGAUCUUCAUCUUCUGUACAACCAUCAGCAAAACCUUCAACUUCUGGUCAAUCCACAUCAUCAUCCUUACCUUCUCAUCCUAAGAGACCAGUGAAGGCUGAAACUCCACAUUCCAUAUCUUUGGAUGUAUAUCGUGAAAAGCGGGAGAAAGAAAGACUUCAAAACAAGGUGCCUGUUACAAUGGUUCAACCUGUUCAACAAUCUGUUGAUUCACCGAAUAUACAUACACAAGUUAAAAAACCACAGCAUGCCUUCCACGAAUCAGAGAAAUUACCACACCGGACUUCUAAACAUCUAGAAUCGCCUAUCGUAUCUAGUAACAAAGAAAGGGUUAAAAUUCCUGCAGUUAAGGAAGAAGCCUUAGAUCGCUCUACCUCUGUGAACAAACUCAACCAUCAAUUGACUAAACUUAAUUCCGAUGGAUCUCAUCACAAAGAUAGAUCCAGUUCCAGUCACCCCCUUAAAAUUCCUCAUCAAACACACGAACCUGUGAUCAAGCAAGAAAAAAUAGCUGAUGUCCCUGUCCAAAUUGAAAAGACUGAAGUAAGCAAACCGGAAAAACUAUAUUCUAAUAAGCCUGAGAGGUUAGACUAUAACAAACCAGAAAGAUUAGAUUAUGUGAAACAGGAAAGACCAGAAGUGAUAAAACAGGAGAGAAUUGAGCCUGUAAGACCGGAGAGGGUAGAAAGCACUAGACAAGAAAAAAUAGAACCCAUUACUAAACAAGAAAAAGUAGAACUUUUAAAAAUAGAAAAAACAGAACCUGUUAAACUAGAAAAACCGGAUCAUAGUAGGCACGAAAGAAUAGAAUCUUCGAGACUCGAAAAAGUAGAUACCGUGAGGCACGAAAAAAUCGAUAGGUCGAGUGUAAUGACACAAGAAAAGGUAGAUAUCAAAAGGGAAAAAAUGGAAAUUAAACAAGAUAAAGAUAACCAAGAACAGGCUGAGGUCGUAGUAAAACGGGAAAAAACUGAUCUGGCCAAACAACAAAAAGUUGAUGCAGCCAGAAUAGAGCAAACAAAUAUGUUGCCUGGUGUUUCUACUGUUGUUGCACCUGUUAGUCAGCAAAGCCACAAAGCAAGUACUAGUUCUGCUACGGGUGACAUUGUUAAAAAGGAACACAAAGAAAAGCGCAAAAAGCACUCUGGUCACUCGUCUAAAACGAAACACGAGAAACAAAACGCAAACCACGUAGAAAGCGCACCUGCUUCAAUCAAAGUGAAAAUAAUGAAAAAUUUCGUUAGUCUAACUGGUGUAGAGCCCGAAUCCAGCCAAAAAUAUGAAACCUCUAGGCAAGACAUUCCGAGAAAAAAGAUAAAAAUUAAGCACCCAGAACCGCCAGCUUUACCAAAGAUAAUAAUUGCCAAAGACAAAUCUGGCACUGGGCAAUACAUCACCACUCCCAAAAGUGAUCACGACAAAGGGAGUAGUCGGAAACGUGUACAUAGCAAUUCGGUUACCGACGGUAAUAGUAAUGCUUCGAAGCACCAGAAGCUAGAUCAUUCUCAGAAAAGUCACCAUGGUAGUGCCUCUGGGAAAUCGAGCAAAUCCUCCCGACACAGUUCUCAUAAAAGUGUGAAUGAACAUUCGGUGAAUGAGGGUGGCAUGCAACAACAUCCUGCCAAUGGCAAUAAUGCUCAGUCUUAUUCUCAAAGCUACGUAUACAAUUUCUCUCCUCCUCCAAAACCUCCCAAAAUGAAAAAUUAUAAUAUGUCAUCUGGUAAAACGAACUCUAAUAAUCCUCCAUUGCCGCCUCCACUACCACCUCAACCACCACCCCCUCCACCCGAAUGAGGAGGUGGGUUCUUUUUUAGGAAUUCAAUAAACUGCAGUUGAAGUAACCAGGGUCACCAUGUGUGCAUUGAUAAACAUCAAUGCCAGGUUUUGGUCCAAAAUUUUUUAAUUGUCCUUAAAACGAGGUUACUUUUUUUCAAACUAAAUAAUACCAAGUCCUUACUUUUUUUGUAUAAAAAAAAAAUAACAAUGAUACUCAUGUAAAAUUGAUAAUGUAUUAUAAAUUUUAUAGAGCAUUAUGAAUUUUUGUUGCUCAAGUAGUCCUUUUUUUCCCCCAUUCUAUUUUUGUAUGACUUUUUUUAAAUGUGUAAUUUAGAUGUGUGUGUUCGUGAAUAAUUUGGUUGAUGAAAAUUGAAGAAAAAUGUGCAGAAUUGUUUUUUGAGUUGGAAUCAUAUGUAUGUUGAUGUUUUUAGUUAAUGUUUAUUAGAACAUUAUAUUUUUUGAAUGGAAAGCUUUAUUCAUGCAUCUGAUUUGAACAAAACAGUUGAGUGUUUAGCAUUUAUAUUUAUUACUUAUAUGUCGCCUGUUAUUUCUAUAGAUGUUUAAUGCAAAGAAACUUUUAAGUAAUGCUGUUUAAUUAGCUAACUCCUUCCCAAAUCAAUAACAUAGUAAAGAAGUAUAAUAUUUAUCUAUUAUAAUAAUUUAUUUAAUUUAAUUUAUUAUGCGCAACAAUGUAACUAAAACAAGGUGGCCGCAGAAUAAGAAACUCAUUAAUAAUGUAUUUUAUUUGAAUAAAGGAAUUAAUUUUAAGAGAAAAAUAGCCUAAUUCGGGUUUGUGGUUCUUAAAACAUAUCUUUCCUAAAAAUAUUUUUUCAAAUAGAAUUUUUUAUUUAUUUUUUAUACUGGUUCAAUUUUCUUUAAUAAAUAGUCACAUUAAUGCAUCCAUAUUUAUUAUCAAUUUUAAAAUAUUUUUAAGUUAAAAACAUUUAAUAAAAAAUGUUGCACUAUCAAAAAUAUUGGUCUCUAAAAUUAAGAAAAUACAAUUUCAUUAUAAACAUUUUAACUUGUUACAAAUAUUGUUCUCACAGAGAGCUACUAGUAUAUUCUCUAAUAAAUAUUCUCACAUUAAUAAAUAUUCACCAGUUAAUCAUACCUAUAAUAUAUCAUAAAUAGUAGCAAAUAAAUUUAAAACAAAAAAAAAGCUUAUUAUUCACUAAAUUGUAGGAAAAUAUUUAUUCUCAAUGACUAGUAAAAGCGUUUUUUUUUUAUCAUAUUUUAUGUUCACUAUAAGUCAGAACUGAAAAAUCAAUAAUGAAGUUUUAUGUUAUCAGUUAGGAAAUUUAGUUUUAAAGAAGUAUAGAUUUUUUUUCUCUUUCUGAUUGGUUGUGGCCGCCUUAGUCAUCUCUAAAUGCUAAAAUGUCUCAAAAGCAAUUUCCAGUCAUUUAUGUAUUUGAAAUAACUUUUUCUUAUUAAUAUAAUUUUAAUUUCAGCUCUUUAAAAUUUCCAUGUUUGAUUUGCCACCUAUUAAACUUCAAAAAUGUUUGAUAUUUCUAAAAUUUUGUGUUGCUUUAAUAGUAUAAGUGCUUCCAAAAACAGUAAAAUAAUAAAAUUGUAAACAAUUUCUUAUGUUCGAUUUACCACAUCAUGUAACAGUUUAUUUAUGAUCUAAGAAUUCUUAAAAUGUCUCACAAAAACCCUUCCCAAGCAUUUACAUGUUUAAAUAUAAGAAUUUAGGUUAAAUUUCAUUGACUAAUUAUGCUUGAAUUAUUGAUUUACCUCAAAAGGAUAUUUUGUUUUUGAAAAACUAAAAUUUCCAUUCAUUUAUGUUUAACAUACCUUUUCUUGUCAAUCUAAUAGUCUUAGAAUUUCAGUGAUUAAUCAUUAUUUCUAAGUUUGAUUUAUUAAGUUUUUAUCCUUAUUAUGUUUGAUGUGUUAAUUUGAUAAAUGUUACAGUAGUAAUGGUAUGCUUUUGAACCACUUGAUACAUUUUGGCAUUUGUGUUCUUUAAUUUAAUAUAUAUUCAUUAACUUACUAUAUUCUACUAUCAAUUAAAUUUAUAUAAAUGUAACUAUAAUAUAGCAAAUGGUAUUUGGGAAAAUAGUGUUUUUUUUUUUUUAAUUCUCAACUGUGUGUAAAUGUAAACCAACCAGUUGAAUAUAAUAUUUAAGCGCAUUGUUUUAAAUUUUUUUUUAUUGUCAGUGACUUUCUUAUUUAUUAGUAGCAUUAAAAAAUGUUAAAAAGAAAAGUUUCAAAUAUAAAAACUAAUUAAUUGUUUUUUUUUUUUUUUUCAUAGGAAUCUUAUCAAUUGUUAAAAUAUUUUACUGCUUAAAAAUCUAACAGAACAUGUCUGCAAAAUUAAGAUUUAAAAAAAAGAGAGAGAGAGACUUAAGAUUUAAAUAGUAGUUAAUUACCCUUUUAUCCACUAAAUUAAAAAUUUUUUUGUUCAAAGAGCAUUCAAAUAAUUUUUUUCUAGCUAUUAUAAUAUAUUUCUAACGACAUUAAAAUACCUCUAGUUUCUAAUACUUUAGAGUAAUAAAAUACCUUAUAAAAUAUGCAAGUUGGUGAAAAUUUGAUCUGUCUGUUAAAAGUUACUCAGAGCUGGUUAUUAUUUGUAUUAUGAAAAUGUGACACUCUUGCUUUGCCUCUAAAAUUAAUUAGUUAAAGUCACAUGAGUGAAUAAGUUUGAUUAUUAUGCUUUAUUUGAUUAAUUAUGCUUUAUUAUCAUUUUUUUUAUUAAUUAUAACUUUUAAAUGUGAAGUUAAUUUUCUUUGUAUCCUAGAAAUUGUUUUGGGUCAUCAGUUCCAGCCUUUUCAAAAUUCAGUCCAUUCUCCUAUUAUCGUUUUCCAAAAAUUUUAUUGUCAUAUUAAAUGGAGAUUAUAACUGAUAGUUGGUGAAAAUCUGAUCUGUCGGUUAAAAGUUAUUCAUGGUGGGUUUUCAUUUGUAUUCCACUGUAUUUUUUUCUUUAUUAUGGUAACAAUUACUAUAUAAUAAG